AUACUGUAUAUGAGCUAACAGUUUGAGACCACAGUGCAUUUAUACCAGAGCAGUGGCACUGUAACGUUGAACUGUGGCAUUUUGAAUUGAGCUUUACUAAAUCUUAACACGUGGUGGGGCCUGGUGGAUGACUAUUAUGAUGUCAUAAUGUGGCAUAGUGAUGUCAUGAGCGGGUAGUUGGCUGUACUAAUGGGCUGCAGCUCAGAAGAGCCCCGAGAAGGGAAGGUGGACAGACAGGUUCAGACAGAAGGGAAAGCGAGGAGACGGUUUGAGCAGGACAGGGACGGAUAGUGACGGAAUGAAGAUGGUCAAGGAAGAGGACGUCUGUGAACGCAUAGAGGACCAGCGCAGCAGGAUUCAGCUCAUGGGUGAGUGAGGGCCCACACACAGGAGAUGCACAAACUCAUACUGCCAGCAGGCACAUUCUUCCUGUUAGAUUCUAGCUGGGUUGACGUUUGUUUCCAGAACACUACAAGCUGUCUUAUUACCAGACCUCCCAGGAUGCGAUUGCCAGGAACAGGAAGAUGAUCAAGAGCCUUCGGGCCGAGAGCAAGGAGAAGCUGGCCAGCCUCGCCAAGGCCUGGAAGCGCUUUGCGGUGAUCUAUCGUGAAAGGCGCUAUAUAAAAAUAAAGAUAGAUUGAUUGAGUGUUGGACGGCAGUGCUAACAUGACCUCACGAUUCCCCCACGGACAGAUGGACCACACUCUCAUCACCAAGGCGUGUAAAGACAGGAAAGAGAUGAGGCUGUGUAUGGAGAGGAGCAGAGUCCAGGAUGUGAAGGAGACUCUGAACAGGAAGCUCUACGCUCGCGUCAAUCUGUGCAACACGGCCGGCUUCCAGGUGAGGCAGCGAGAGAGGCAGCUGCAGACCCUGCAGGACAGGCUGGCUGCCAUGGGCAAGCUGAGCACCCCCGACGAGACUGGGGUGCAGGAGCAGCAGUGGAUUCGACAGCUGGAGAACAGCACUGAGAAGAUGCUCAUCAAAGCAGCGGCCGCCAAGAAGCUCCAGGUGACCUACAUGAAGAUCCUGGAGUUCCUGCAGGAGGAGGUGCGUCGCAUGCCCCUGGUGGUGAGCGACGCAGAGGCGGCUCUGAAGACGCACAGCGCAGAGCUGCAGACCCUGACUCAGAUCACACAGGACGCCACGGCAGACAUGCAGCACGCCAAGAUGGCGCUGGACGGUCUGGAGCAGGAUUACACGGAGGAGAGGAAGGCCCGGGACAUCUCACUGGCCGUGAAGAAGAAGAUGGGGGCUGCGGAGAAGCUGUGUUACAAGGACAUCGCGGAGAAAUCCGUGCCGAGGAGGGAAAGACUGAAAGACCCAAAGACUGAAAUUCGUAUUAUAUCAGAAACAUCAAUGACAGGUCUGAAGACUGGUGCCAUGUCCUACAGCGAGAUCCAAGCCAAGCUGUGCCAGAACCUGGAGAAGCUGAAGGGGGCUGUCGGCUGUUCUGAUAUCAAGGCGAUCGAGGGCAGGCUGGUGAAUCAGAGAGCCAAGCAGACGCACCUCCUGGGCAGGAUUGCGGAGUGCGAGGCCCGGGAGGCUGAGCUGAGGUCUAGGCUGAAGGAGCUGCAGCUGGAACAUGCCCAGCACAAGUUCCACCUGGGACCGGAGACUGAGAGGGAGGAGCGCAGGGGGCAGCAGCUCACUGAGGAGCUGGAGAGGGAGGAGAGGAGGAGGAACCUGUGGAGCUCCAGACUCCGUGUCACUGAGGAUGUCCUCCACUCCUCUCAGGACGGGUUAGAUGACCUGUUCCUCAAACUGUACUCCUUCACCCUCGAUUCCAAGAAGCCUGUUGAAAGAGCUCCCCUGGACUCUUAUGAUAAGCUGAUAAGCUGUGAGCUGAAGAUGCUGAAGCUGCUGGAUUACUUCCUCAGCCUCUCUCCGCCUCUGCAGGCCUCCAUCGAGGAGCAUGACAAGGUCUGGCAUUUCAUGGAGACGACGGCAUCGAACGAGCCUGGGAACGUGAAAAUCCCCAUCCAGCUGAUCUCUGACACUGCGUCUGAAGACUCAUUCCAGUUCCUGAACCAGGAGCAAGAUUACUCCCUGAGCCGGGAGGAGAUCAAGAAGAGGGGCAGCCAGCUGAUCGAGAAGCACGUCCUAAAGAAACCGCAGCCGGCCGGGCCCAAGAGCUAGAGGCGUGAUCGCCAUCCAUCCAACAUCACUGCAAAACCAAGAAAUAAAAACAUGCGUUAUU